AUGUUUGUUGAUCCAGAGAUUGCGACCAAGUACCCUCUUGGGAGCAGACCUAGCAUAUCAUUCCUCCCAGGGCUCAUCGUGGGAUCAUACGUUGUCAGCUUAAUCGGUGCUUUCACAACGGUAGAACUGCUGCAUCGCAGAGUUUCAGGAGCAGGAUGGCGAUCGUGGGUACAAAUCGGAGGCUGUGCAGUAUCCUUCGGUUUGGUGGCGAUCUGGUGCAUGCACUUUGUAGGGAACCGAGCCAUCGUGCUCGGUGAAGGGGAAGAAGAGAUCCAGCUUUACUACAGUUCGACCUACACCGCAGUUUCGGCUAUCCUCCCCGUGGUCGUUAUUUUCCUGGGACUACUGGCCGCAGACAAGUUUUACAAAGGAAGUAAAGGAUCUUUUGUCCGAUUCGCAUCUCUAGGCGUUUGUGGUGUCUGCGGAGGAGCGGCGGUCACUGAGAUGCAUUAUCUGGGCAACAACGGCACUACUAACUACCGAAUCAUUCUGAGUUGGGCGCACGUUGUUGGCGCCGCCUCCAUCGCCGUGGGCGCAUGCCUGAUCUCGUUUAGUCUUUUCUUCAUCUGGAGCAAACACUGGAUGAACAAUCUCUGGCGGCGUAUCAUUGUGGCAAUUGUACUUGCCUUGGCUGUGUGCGGAAUGCACUGGACUGCUGCAGCUGGUACCUGGUAUGAGAUCCGUGGCUACCACAGCGGACCGGGUCAGGAAAGGAACACAAACCUUAUCAUCUCUCUGUGCCUUUGCUUGAGCGCGUGUGUUGUGUGCUUUCUGCUCGGCUUCAUCAAGCAGCGUCAACGACGACUGGAGAAGAAUCGAGCGGCACAAGUCGUUUUGGCUAUCGCCACAUUCGACCCGGAAGGAAGACUGCUCGUCAGUCAAAGCGGACUGAUGCCGUGUCAGACCAUCACCCAACAAUUCCACCAAAGAACUUUUGAUGAAGAGUUCAAUACCUCGCAUCCCGUAUUCCAAUGGAUCUUUCGAGUAUCGCGCAACUGGACCGGCAUUUCCGAUCUCAUCCCAAAAAUGCGAGAGCAUCUCCAAGCCACCGGCUAUCUCCAAGCGCCAACUCACGCAAGCAACAGCAGGACGUCUCUUGAUACUGACGAAGAUUUGAGUUACUCAGCUACCUUUCGAGAGCUGUUCUGCGUCACCGCUCACGAUAUCGCGAAGACUCUUGAUACAAGCCUGCAUAACUUGGGAUGUCUCUACGAAGAGGUGUUAACAACGGGAACCAUGAACAACCGCGCAAUCUGGACGAGCAACUACGGCAACAAGACCAUUGUGGCUGCAGACGUGGCGACAAAAGACCUCGAAGCGGCUAUCGUGAACCCGAUCCUCUUCGGCCGUGGCCAAAUGCUCGUACUUACGAAGAAAGUCGAUACAACUGAGGCACACCGACUACACAACCUCGGGUAUGGAUUCGCGAGCGUUGAACAGGUUAGCGAUCACCUAGCCCGCAGUUUACAGAUACCACGCGACGAUCUCGAGAACCUAGUCGGACGCCUCCAUGCAUUCAGCGAGAGACAGCUAUCACUUCCCAAGAAAGGAACCUACAUUGGCUCCUUUCUCGUACAACCCAAACCCGGCAUGAGGGGCCUAGAUGUCAUCGUCCCGCGCGCCGCACCCGGCCGCCUUCCAAUGGUAAAGCUAAGCAGCGACGAGCUUGACGGACGACAAAUGAACAUUCUCGCCACCUUCAACGGUUCCACGCUGGAUGAUUGUUUGUUGCGAAUCAAUAACCGCACAGCGACAGACCCAGGAGAUGAUUUGUUCCUCGAUAAAUUCCGCAACCGGAUCAUGGAGCUCCUCCGCGACUGCCCAGAAGAAACGCUGCAUCGUGCAGUCUUUUCAUCGCAACAACUCGACAUGAUGCACGGCCAGACGGAGUUUAGCCACGCAACCAUCUUCGCCUUCUGCGGUAUCAAAGAGAUUUACGUGCAGAGUCUGCAGAGCCUGACGCUCAAAGCUAUUCCGCUGUCUUUCUUCCAAACAUAUUUGAGGAGUCAGGAAGGAUGUGCCGAUCACGCUAUCCUGGCCCAGAAGAACCACAAGGAAUUCUCUUCACUACGCCGCACGCCGUCGGUAACCAAAGUCGCACCGUCCAGCCGCGGACACAGAUGGCCACGUGCUCUGCGCUCCAAACGCUCGAGUUCGACAGAGAUAAGCUGGCAGACCGACACCUGUUCUGAAAAGGGACUUGUCAAUUACACCACAACAUCGACGUCAGCACCUGAGCCGUCGAGCCAUCCCUGGGGAAGCAUUAUGGUAACGAGUACGCAGAAUAUCCAUGUGGAUGAGGGAAAAAAUGGAACGAAUCUUGAACUCAGUGAGUUGGGGGUGAGUGCCAAGGUUGGAAUGGCGGAGACGGAGCAGCAGACGUUGGCAGAUAGGCUGAUGAGUAUCACGACGGGUUUUCGGGAUCCGCAUGCGGUGACGAGGCCGGGGUAUCAUGGGGUGAGGAAGUAG